AUGCCGCAAUGGCGGCUAGAAAUACCGAAAUACGCUGGAUACGCCGACACAAAAUCAGUCGCCGACUUUCUUUUAGAGCUUCGCGACUAUCAGGAAGCAUCCGGUAUAUCCGAGGUAGCGCUGCUGGCUCGCGUCCUCCCGGUCGCAUUGACAGGGAGUGCGGCAGACUGGCGCAGGAGGCAGCAAUCGUUCUUGAACUUCGACGACUUUGCAGAACGCUUCAGAAGCGAGUUUUUACCACCAGGUUACGCUGAACGUAUCCGGGACGAACUUCGGGCACGGACGCAACGCAGAGAUGAAUCUUUAGUUGAGUUUGUGCGCGCCCUACAGACGCUCUACGACAGCGCCGAACCGAACGCUUCGCCAGCCCAAAGGGUUGCACGGGCCAUCCGACAAAGCCAUCCGCAGUUUCACCCUUACUUGCGAGGUCGCAGCUUUUCAAACUUAGACGCUAUGGCCCGGGCGGCCAGCCAGAGUCAGGCUGACAUUAUGGCUGAGCUCAAUUAUAGACCACCUCACCAACCUGAGGACUCUUUGGAACCCUCAAGCGCCUGGUCCGGCAGGACACCCUACCGGGGUGCUGCAGAUGGCCGAGCUCAGUAUCCGCGGCACCACCCUGGAACAAUGCCGCGUGCGCUCGAUCCACACGCGUACGCUCUGACGCAAGACGCCCAUGCUCUUCCCGGUGGUCGAGCCUUGGUGCAGAGACUUGGUGCUCCGCAGCCAGAAACGCAGUAUGAGGCACGGAGAUGGAUCACGGACCGGGACAGAACUAACUAUACGGCUGCCAUGCCCCGGCGACUCCAGCCAUCCCAAACUUCGGAGCAGAUACCGUCACCUCGUUGUUUUCAAUGCGGUGGCGUAGGUCAUUUCCUCAGAAACUGUCCGUCUUCUUCUACAGCCUUCAGUCGGGAAACGAGGUAA